CAUAAAAGUAUUUAAUUUUUUAAUUAAAAACUUACAAGUAUUAAUAAUAAAGUUUAAUUUAGACGUUACAAAAAAUGAGUGACUCGACAAAUUUUGAUACAAAAAAGUAUAAUUUAAAUUGUUUGGGUAAAGUUUUAUUAGAGCUAGCUAUGCAGGAUAAACUAAGAAAUUUGAAACCUAGCUGUGACACAAGAAAUAUAAAUUAUUUUAAAAAUGAAAAAAUAAAAAAAAAAGAUAAUGCUUUUUAUUUAAGAAAUUUAGGAAAAGAACAUAAUUAUUUUACCGAAAAAUUGAAAACACUAUCUCCUAAGAGUCCAUUUUAUGAAAAUGAAUUAAUAAUACAUAAAGAAAUAAAAUCAAUAAUUGACGCAUUGGAAAUAACUAAAGAACAACUAUACACUCAGAAAGCAGUUUAUAUUCAUAAAUGUAAUGUACCAAAAUUGAAAAAUAAACGAUUAAUUGAGCAGAUACUUAAAAAAUAUAUUACUAACUUACAAACAGCAAAAUAUUUAAACACUGUGAUUCAACUAAUUAUUGAACGCAAAUUUCAAAAAGCAAAACAAAAAGUCAAUUUGAUGAAAAAUUAUUUGAAAAAAAGAAAUUGCAAACAAAUUUCUCAAAUCAUGGAUUUAGUGUAUCUAACAUAUGGUGUAGCAUAUUACCUGACAUAUAAACAUAUUCAAGAAUGGAACGAUAAAGAAAAUCAUCAAAGAUUACUGACUAUGUUAGGUGCCACAACAAUCUAUCAAUCUAAAUCUAUUAUUUAUCAAGAUUCGUUUAUGGGUUCUCGUGAUCUUAAUCCAAAGUACUCUUAAAAUAUUUAUGAAUGCUUCAUAAAAAUUAUAACUAAACUGAGUAACGCUAAUUUUAUUAAGUGGCGAAUUUUCAAUAUUUUUCUGACAGGCCCUGAUAAAUAAUACGUAUUUGAAGUAUAUACGUAAAUAUCGGAUUCUAUCUAGUAUAUUAUACAUUUAUAAAGUGUUUUUUUUAACGCUAGUCGCGCAUAUUUUUUUGAAAUAAUAAUUUAUUUUACUUUUGUUAGUUACAUAUAAUGAUUUUGAAAAUCCUCUUUUUCAUAUUUGAUUUGCCAGGGUAACCCUUAUAUAUAAAGAGUACAUAAGUAUUAUUUUUUUAAAGUAUACUUUAAUUAAAAUAAAUUUUUAGUAAGUAUACGCCGUAUUAAGGCAUAAAUAAACGACUGACUAUAUAUAUAUCUCCAUUUAUCUGUUGUAAAAUAAUUUGUAGGUCCAUCCUUUAUAACUUAUAAGAGUAUCAACUUAAAUAUUUAAGUAGCAACAUACAUAAUUAACUACCUUAUUAAUAUAUAAUUAUAUUAUUAAGAAAGUAACUGGUAUAUUAUAACUUUUAAACGAGUAUUUCGGAAGUUGUUAACAUUUUUUUACCUAAGAGAAGAGAGGAGUUAGGUCCAUAAAAUGUCUAGUAAUAAAAAUUGCAGAACUUGCGUCUCGCCUCCGACUAUUGCUUUACAUUGUUUAUAAUUUCUGAAAUGCUGGUUUAAAGUUGUAAUCGUUCAGUCAUUUUCUUAAUUAGACAAUUAUUUAAUAAUUAAUCUAAUUAAUUAUGUAUGGUGCUAAUUCAAAAAAUAAAGUUAACAUACUUUAAGAUAUAAGGGAUGAACAUUAAAAAUACUUUAUGACUGAUAAAUUGAAAAAAGUAUGAAACUAAAAGAUGAAAAAAAAGUUUUUAAUAAUACUCUUUUUAAUCUAUUAAAUAAACGGUUUAUGAUAAAAAAAAUCACUUUGUAAAUAUAUAUAUAUAUGGAUUAAUUUAAUUAUUUUGUUGUAUUAAAGUACAUUUAUGGGCGUCCAAAUGGGAGGGGAGCAAAGAGGAAAAUUGCCACCUUGAUUUUUCGCCUUGUCAAUUUUCAUAAUCUAUGUGUAUUAUAAAAUUUUGGGGAAAAAAUAAGAUAUUAAUAAUUGACUGAUAACUAUUUAAUAUGUAUAUUAGUGUAAACAGAUGUCGUAGCCUGAAAUUAUGAUCAGAAGGCUCUAAAAAGUUUUACAAUAUUUUUUUAGAGUUCCUUAGUUUGGCACUGUAUCUUACACAUUUCAUUUUCAAGGGAAAGUGGAAUAUAUUAAUAAGUUCCAUUUAAAAUUUCUUCGUCAUCCUACAUACCAUUAAAUACGUUGAAGUAAACUUUUAAAAUAGUUUUUUCAAUUUUCAUAAUUUUUUUCUAUUUUUAGA